AGAAGAAGAAACAAAAGUCUUUCUUCUGACGUUUUUGUUUCCAGACGAACAUAUUAAGCUGUUACUCAACCAAGGAAACGUGUGUUUAUAUUUUCCAAGUAACUUGAUUUUAUUGGUUAUGAAUCCGUGUGUACUAGUAAACUGAUACUGASGAAAAUUUACAGAAUAUACGUAAUGCAAUUGCGUCCAUUUGAGUGAUAUUUGUGUGUGAUUUUUCAGUAAGUAAUCCUGUCAGACAAGCUCGUUAGCUCUUUUUAGUACAUUCUUGGGCUAGCGAACUAGUCWCAAUGACGAUCAAACGACAAAAGAAAGCCAAGAAAAACAUCAAUUUCUACAAACACAACUUCAGUUUUAGAGAGCCCUUUCAAAUUCUCAUCGACGGGACGUUUUGCCAGGCGGCUCUGAAGAAUAAGAUUCAAAUCAAAGAGCAGAUGCCGAAAUACCUCAUGGGGGAGGUGCAACUUUGUACUACAAAUUGUGCGCUGAAGGAACUUGAAUCACUGAAAGACCUCUAUGGUGCCAAACUCAUCCUGCAGCGGUAUCAGGUUAGGAACUGCAAGCAUUUCAAGAACCCCGUCUCUGCGUCAGAGUGUCUGCUCUCCAUGCUGGAAGUGACUAAUCCACACCACUACUUUGUUGCCACACAGGACCAAGAGCUGACAGCAGGCCUGAAUAAGAUCCCAGGCGUGCCUCUUAUGUAUAUCAUCUCCAACACCAUAGUGUUGGACAAGCCCAGCCAAUGCUCGGUUAACCAUGUGGAGGCUGUGGCUCUGGGAGAGAUGGUCACCCCAGCCCAGCAGCAGAGCAUCAACAGCCUGAAGGAGGUGCAGGGGAUCGGGCAGGAUGGAGAGCGCCGAGGCAAGAAGCGUAAGAGGAAAAUCUCCAAUCCCAACCCGCUCAGCUGCCUAAAGAAGAAGAAAAAACAGCCACCGACGCAGCCUCUUAAGACUGAGGGUGAGAAGAAGAAACGGAACCGUCAAAGGAAACGCAGCAAGCCAGAGGGAGGCGAGGGUCCAUCCCUCAAACCGCCCCCAAACCCCUAGUGUGGUGGGAAGAGACUUGUUUUGUCAGGGCAGUAAAAAUAGCAGCUUUUUUCCCCCACCGUUCCCAAAGGUUGAAAUUUGAACAGCUAAAUAUAAUAAAUGUACACCUCUUUUUUUWAAUAUCUUUACUAAACACAUUUGCCAGAUUAAAGGCAUUUCAUUGGAAUUCAAGAGAUCCAACUUCAAAUGUCUGGAGAACAUCUUUUGAAGAAGCACACAAUGAAUUCAGUCUUUGUAUUGCGUCACGGUUCAUGAUGUCAUGUUUCUAAAAAUGUAUCCUCAAACUAGUUUUUGACCAUCAGAAGGUAUUGAUAUUCUAAGUCAUUAUUAUAGUAAGUCCAUAGCCAUUAUACCCAGUUCGCUGGCUCAAUGAACCAUCUAUGAAAAGGAUCGUCAUUGACACGAACUGCUAACAGUAUUCAUUUUAUUAGAAAACUUACAUCAGUUGCUGGGGCUCAGGACUACAGGCAUGGCAUCAAAAAUCUGAGUAARAACACAUUUUAGCAACAGUAUCUACAAGAUGCAAGUUUACUGGCACAUAGUUUAAAAGGGAUGCACUGAAACAUUACAUCAUAWACAAUGUCAGAGGGAGUGCGUGAAUAUCAAAACAAUGCAUUUGUUGUAAAGGACGGUCCAAAAACUAUAAAUCUACUUGUCCUCUGCAGCUAUGAACCAUAAGACGAGCAAUAGCGUAUUCAAGCUAUCGAAGAAUGACCGUCGCAACGGGUCUAAACACCUAUGGAAGUUUCCAUCAAAACUUUUAGAUGAAUGAAAACCAAAUUAAAGUUUUCUAUAUACCAGAGAUUUCUUGACAUUUAGCUGCAUCAAAGUUGAAUGAAAUGUAGUUUCCUGUCACCCACUGGGCUGAGUUGUCUUGACAUUUAGAGAUUGUGAUGAAAUUGACGAUAGCUUCAAAAUAUGAUGCGAAAGAUGCAGCCUUAACUAAGUCUGAUUCUGAACAAACCAUUAACAUCUGCAUUAGAUAGUUGAUACGAGUAUUUUCAUUGUCGCAGUAUGUGACUUAAAACAAAGGUAAUUAUUCAAGAAAUACCAUAAAAAUACAAUUUCAGGAGCAAUUCAUUGGAAUAAAGUAUAUUUCAAAAUGGA